GAUGUCUUCUCCCCAGAUAAAAUUUCACUUGCCAGUGAAGAUGGAAGAACAGUGUGAGAGUCAAACCCAGCCACAUCAACAGUGCUAUGACAUCAUACUUCUCUUGCAGAUACAACUGAACAUGAAAUUUCAGUGGGUCCUAAGAGCACUUGAAUCAAUUAGGUCCAAUGAUUGGACACUGGUGGAGGAAGUUAAUCUCGUCUCUGAUACCUUGUUCUUCUGGGGCAAAAUUCUGGUUGAUGGUGAAGGUGGUAGCCCCAUUAGAGAGAAAAACCGAGCCAAAUCAUUAGGGCUAUGCAAAGAUACAGUAUCAGAUGAGUUUUCAUUUGAAUUCUCAACCAAAAAUGAUUCCCUUGAGGACAUGCUCUUAAAAUCAACCAAGUCUACCAUGCUUUUCUCAGAGUGUAUCAUUGAACCUGUCAUUUCAGUAGACUCGAGCACUAGAAGAAUCAGAGACACACUUCAAGUCACCUGCAAAACUAUGAGGGAAAGUUAUCACAUUGUCAUUCAAUUGAAACUCCUCUCCAGGAACUGAAGUUGCAACAGUAAUGCCAUAUGGAAACUGAUCUGAAACUUUAUCAUCACAAUCAACAAAAUCACUCUGCAAUGAAUCUCAAAAAUAGUCAUCCUUUCCAAGAGAGGUUAACUUUGAAACCUCAGAAAAACAUGAAUUCUCCAUUAGAGUGCUUUCUUCGAACUUAAGAUUAGGGUUGCUAUUUGUCAAUGCAACAACAGUUUGUCUUGGAGCUUGGUCAGAGUAUGCAUCCUCAAGGGGACCCAUAUUAGGAAGGGCAUUCAUUUGUUCUAAAAGAUGAAAUCAAUUUAAUACAGCAUCAUGCUUUUU